AUGUCUGAUUACGGCGGCGACGACGGUGGCUUUGGCGACGAUGGCUACGAUGGCGGCGUUAUCGACUUCGACGAGGAGGCAGAACCAGAAAUUAUGGACGACAUUGACGACGCUGAGGGCGGCGAGGAUCCCGACGUCGACGACAAUAUCGUGGUGUCUGGAGAUGCAAACGCUGCAGCUGCGGCGAAGGACAAGGCCAAGAACUCAGUCGAUGCUGAGAAGGCGAAGAAGGUCGCCAACGAGAACCGUACAACAACGCCCUACAUGACAAAGUAUGAGAAGGCGCGUGUACUCGGCACAAGGGCAUUGCAGAUUAGUGGAAACGCUCCUGUCCUGAUCGAUGUCGAGGGCAUGACAGAUCCCCUUCAAAUUGCGGCCAAGGAGCUGCGCGAGAAGAAGAUCCCCCUUGUCGUACGGAGAUACCUGCCCGACGGCUUCUACGAGGACUGGACCUGCGAGGAGCUGCUGAUAUAA